AUGUACUAAUUAUAGCAAGAACUUGACUUUUAUCAGAGCGAUGACAGUGUACGAGUGUAGGCCUACUAUACGCUGUGCUCUCAUGAAGAGGUGGAAGUAUUAGUGCGAGUAACAAAGGCUGCCAAAUUAGUCGGUGAUAACUCGUCCGGUAGUAGAACGACUCCAACGUUCGGCGGGUUUUUUGGAGAUCAAAAAAGGAGACCGAAUAUUGAUAAUUACAGAUGCAACCAACAGACCGGUGAGGAGAGGUCUGGCAAACUACGGUUUUAAUACUGGAUCAUAUACUCUCCAUUUUCUUCACUUCAUCAAAGAGAAAAUUAUGGAGCUUUUGUUAAGAAUAGCAUUCUCUUGUGUGGGUAUCUCAAUUGUAGCAGGGGUGACCAUGAUUGAGGUGUCCCUCCUGAGGUAUGAUAACCCAGGUAGUCGACUGAGUGGAGGAGAAUGUUGUGAUGCUAGUAUGUCGGAGAUAUGCAGAGACAAAUGCGAUAACAGGUUCGAGAUAUGCGUCUCUAGUCAAGAGAGUGACACCAACAUGACAUCUUGCUCCUACUUCUCGGCAAAUACAACGGAGAUAAUGGACAACUCAGAUCAGUUCACGUUCCCAACUUCCUUGCUCUUGCAGGAUGACAGCAGUCUUCCGAAUCCAUUUACUAUCUCCAUACCUGAUGCUUGGGGAGGAGUCCGGUUCAAGGUGCGCGUCAUGGACGUCGAUACAGGGGGUGACCAACAAGUAGAUAUUCUGGCGAAAUAUAUAAACUACUAUCCAGAUCCAAAUUACGAAUUCACUAUCCAAUGGAAACCAGUGCUGUCUGGAACAGGUGAUGGAAGAUUAAAGACAGCAAUGCGGGUUUACUGUGGAGAGGGGUUCUUUGGCCCUCGAUGUCACGUAUACUGCGUGGAUGGUCCUACAUACACAUGCGAACCAUUCACAGGGAAGAAGCUUUGUGAAUCUGGUUAUGGUGGAACAGAGUGUGACGAGGACAUAGCGGAAUGUGCAUCAUCACCAUGUCAGCAAGGAGGUUCUUGCGUCGACCUCAUAAACAGUUACCGUUGCGAUUGUAUUCCUGGGACUUAUGGUACCCACUGUGAAAGAAACCACAACGACUGUGACAAUGUAGUAUGUCAGAACGGCGGUACCUGCCAUGACCAGCUCAAUGAUUUCCAGUGCACAUGUACUGAAAAUUUUGAAGGUCGUUUCUGCGAGGUCCUUAUUGAUGAAUGCAUCAGCGAUCCUUGCCUAAAUGGAGCUACUUGCGCGGAUGGUAUUCGAGAUUACAGCUGUAUAUGUGCUGAUGGCUAUGAAGGAAGAAAUUGCGAGAUUGACAUUAAUGAAUGCUCAAGUUCACCAUGUUCUAACAAUGCGACAUGUGAUGAUAAAACUGCAGGCUUUGAGUGUAAAUGUAUUCCCGGCUUUGUGGGAAACUUGUGUGAGGUAAAUGUGGACGAAUGCGAAAGUAUGCCUUGCAAGAACGGCGGAUCUUGCAUCGAUCUCAUAAACUCAUUCGAGUGUGACUGUUCUACUGGAUACGAAGGAAUCUUCUGUGAGGACAACGUAGAUGAAUGUCUGUCAUCGUCCUGCCAAAACGAUUCUCCUUGUAUUGAUGGCGUAGCAAGUUACACGUGUGAAUGCAAUCCAGGAUUUCAAGGAGUUCAUUGUGAAAUCAAUAUCAAUGAAUGUGCAAGUAGUCCAUGUAUAAACCAAGGUACCUGUCGAGACUUGGUGAAUGCUUUUGAAUGUGUUUGCCAACCAGGAUUCAAUGGCACUUUCUGUGAAAUCAAUAUCGAUGAAUGCAAUGGAAACCCUUGUCAAAAUGGAGGCAUAUGCAGAGAUCUAAUAAAUGGAUUUGUAUGCAACUGUGCGGAUGGUUUCGAAGGAGCAUUGUGUCUUACAAACACAGAUGAAUGUCUGAGUGACCCAUGUGAAAACCAAGGAACGUGUAUUGAUGAACUGAAUGGCUUUUCAUGUAGCUGUGCAGCAGGGUUCAAUGGCACUCUGUGCAAAGAAAACAUAGAUGAAUGCGCUAGUCAGCCUUGUUUAAACAGUGCAACAUGUUUGGAUGGAAUAAACGAAUUUGUCUGUCAAUGCCUAGACGGUUUUCAUGGCUUGCUCUGUGAGAGCAAUAAAGACGACUGUGCCAUCGACCCCUGUAUCAACAAUUCGACAUGCGUUGACAGGAUCAAUUCCUUUGUAUGUGUCUGCACUGAAGGGUACGAGGGAAUGUAUUGUGAGCUUAAUACAGACGAAUGCCAAAGUGACCCUUGCAGUAAUGGAGCAACCUGCCUGGAUGGUAUCAAUGAGUACAGAUGCCAGUGCGCAGAAGGAUUUGAAGGGAUUCACUGCACAAGUGACAUCGAUGAGUGCUCCAGUAAUCCCUGUGAAAAUGGUGGCACGUGCUUGGACCAAGUAAAUGGAUUUUUGUGCACUUGUGUAAUCGGAUUUGACGGGCUUCAAUGUGGAAACAAUAUUGAUGAAUGUGCCAGCCAGCCCUGUCUGAAUAACGCCACAUGCCUUGAUGGCAUCAAUAACUACACAUGUGAAUGUAUGCCAGGUUUCAAUAGCGUUCAAUGUGAAACGAAUGUAGAUGAAUGUCAUAGUUCGCCAUGCCAACAUGAAUCUACUUGUAUAGACGGGAUUAAUGGCUUCCAUUGUCAAUGCAAAGACGGUUUCAAUGGUAGUCUUUGUGAAAUAAACAUUGAUGAAUGUGCAAGCCAUCCCUGUUUACACAAUGGAACCUGUCAAGACGGAGUCAACAACUACACAUGUGGCUGCAUCCCUGGUUUCAUUGGCAUUAACUGUGAAACAGACGUAGACGAAUGUAGUAGUAUGCCCUGUCAGAAUAAUGCUAAUUGUGUUGACAGAGUGAAUGAAUUCACGUGUCAUUGUAAACCAGGGUUUGAAGGAACCCUCUGUGAGGUCAAUGUAGACGAAUGCAGAAAUGUACCAUGUUUAAACAUGGCAACAUGUCAUGAUUUGAUAAACGGCUACAGAUGUGAAUGUGCUCCUGGAUAUACAGGUGUUCACUGUGAACAAAACAUCGACGAAUGCGAAAGUUCACCUUGUCAACAUGACUCUACCUGCUUUGAUGAGGUGAAUGGAUUUAACUGUGCCUGUAGUCUAGGGUUCGCUGGAACUCUUUGCGAAAAUAACAUUAACGAGUGCUUGGGCCUUCCUUGUUACAACAACGGCACAUGCCGCGAUGGAAUUAACAACUAUACAUGUGAGUGUCUUCCUGGUUUCAGUGGCAGUAGAUGCAAGAUCGAUGUUGAUGAAUGUGAAAGUUCUCCUUGCCAACAUAGCUCGACAUGCGUGGACGAAAUAAACGGAUUCCGAUGUCAAUGUGCAUCGGGCUAUGAUGGCAUAUUCUGCGAGGUCGAUAUAAAUGAAUGCAUCAAUAAUCCAUGCAAAAAUGGCGGAACAUGUGUAGACUUGAUAAAUACUUAUGAAUGUCAAUGCAUGGAUGGAUGGGAAGGAGCUCGCUGCGACAAUGAUACUAAUGAGUGUUUAAGCAACCCCUGUCAAAAUGGGGCUACUUGCAGAGACCAAGUAGGUGGAUAUGAGUGUGCCUGUGUGCUUGGAUUUACAGGCGUAACGUGUGAAACAGAUAUAGAUGAGUGUUUAGAGAUGCCUUGUCUAAAUAAUGGUACAUGCGAAGAUGAUAUUAAUAGUUUCAUUUGUCAUUGCGCUGUUGGGUUUAGUGGAAAAUCAUGUGAAGAAAACAUAGAUGACUGUGAUCCCAAUCCGUGCAGACACAACUCAACGUGUGUAGAUGGUAUUAACCAGUACGUUUGUUUAUGCAGACAUGGCUAUGAUGGUACAGUCUGUGAAAUCGACAUCGACGAUUGCAUGAACUCUCCCUGCCAUAACAACGCCACGUGUAUUGACAAAGUCAACGAUUUCGCAUGCGAAUGCACUGCAGGAUACGAGGGUAGAUUGUGCGAACUGGAUAUCAAUGAAUGUUCCAGCCGACCUUGCUUAAACGGUGGCAACUGCACUGAUUUAAUCAAUGGAUACAGUUGCCUCUGCGAUUCCGGGUAUGAGGGUUUGAACUGUGAUGCUGAUAUUGACGAGUGUGUAAGCAUCCCGUGUCAACACGGGGGUACGUGUCAAGAUCUCGUCAAUAGGUUCCAAUGUUCUUGUCAUGAGGGUUACGACGGCACUACAUGUGACAAUAACAUCGACGAAUGCCAGCCUUCUCCGUGUCAGAAUGAAGGUAUCUGCGAAGAUGGAAUCGCGUCUUAUCAGUGCCUUUGCCUACCUGGAUUCGAGGGCGCCAAUUGUGAAAUAAACAUCCAAGAAUGUGAUUCAUCGCCAUGUAGUGAGAACCAUACCUGUAUAGAUGAGAUAAAUGGUUAUAACUGUCUUUGCCUUCCUGGCUUUGAAGGUGUCCAUUGUGAGAUGGAGACGAACGAAUGCCUGUCAUCCCCUUGUCGACACGGAGGAACGUGCUUGGAUCAUGUCAACAGCUUCACAUGUGCCUGCCCUUAUGGUACGACAGGAAAAUUAUGCGAGACCGUCACCAAUGCCUGUAUUAGCCAACCAUGCUCUAAUAAUGCAACGUGUGAAGAUACUUUAAAUGAAACAAGUUGUAUCUGCCCUCCUGGCUACACUGGUGAGUUCUGUGAAUCUCUGGAUCUUGGACUGUGUGGCGCAUCUUGCAUUAAUGGUCGUUGUGCAGUUUCUUUUAGUCCUGAAGGAGAAGUGAUCCACAAUUGUUUAUGUGAGAAGGGCUUUAUUGGGACCAACUGCGAUACAGAAAUUACAGCUAUAUGCUCAAACAUCCUUCUCACAAGUCACCAUCCUACGAAUAACAUGGUAAAUGUGGCGACGAAGCUAAGCAAAAUUAUCAAGAUGUCAUAUGGAGAUAGUCUAGAAGAGCCUAAGAACAUUGAAGUAGUCAUCAUAGCAUCUGCAAACGAAAGCUCACAACUAUCAGGGAGCCCUUACACAAAUACAACAUUCUAUACAAUGGUGAACAACAGACCACUGAGUCAAGACGAACAGGAGAGAAUUUUGAAUUCGAUGACAAAUGAAGAGAAAGGUGUUAUCAUGGACCCUUUUGAAAUAUUUGAAGAUACUCCAAUAGUACCAGAGGAAAGUGGAAAGAAGCCUUGGCCGCUUCAGCGUUGGUAUAUCUUCUUAUUGCUACCGUUAGUAACGGUACUCUUUAUCAUCUUUAUCAUCGCUAUUAUAAUCAGCAAAUUAAAGAAAGAACCUGUCCAGUAGUAAAUAGUUAGCAGAGAUUUCAAGAAAGAAGUGGAAAGGUUGAGCAGUGAAGCCUGGAAUCUGUACUCUCUUCAUUCCAGAAUCAUCGUGCUUUGCUAUAUAUUUAUACCAAAUAUAAUGGAAUAAGUGCAGCCUUUUUAUACCAUAAAAUAUCUGGUGCAAAUUAAUCACGUUAAUAUGAGGUGUAUAAUUUAUAUUAUCUGAUUGUUAUAUAUAUAUAUAUAUAAUACUCCUUUAUCUCAGCUGUCUUUCUUCGUGUUUAUGAAUAUCUGGUAAAAAGCAACCAACAAAGUAAUAUCUACCUUAUCAUUGAAACAUACAGUGAGAUAAAAGAGCUAAUGGGUAAACAUGAAACGCACCUGCAUAAAGUGCUAAAAAUGGUAAGAAGCUCAGAGUAACUACAUGUAAUGCAUACCAUCAGAUUUCAACUUUAAAAACGUCCCAAGCCAAGCAAUGCUUCAAAAAUCAACCGCACUUUCAAAUGCUUUGAAUAUACAAGAAAGGCCAUUAAAUCUUGAAAGCAUUUCAUAGUCUAACUUUGAUAAUCAAAUGAAAGACAGCUAAAAUUUCCAAAAGUGAUGUAUUUGGGAUGUAAUAAUGUUUCGUAAGGCUGAUCUUAAUUAUGUAACGCGCCGAUUUAUAAGCGUCCGGUAGAUAGUGUCAGUUCAAUUUGACAUACUAUCUUUAAAGAUUAAAAUUCCUACUGACAAGCAUCGGAGGGCAGAGUACAUUAUUUGUCAAAUUUUGAUUAGGGUUCUAGGAAAAUCAGCCCAAAUUUCUGAAUAUCCGUGGAAAAUUACUGGUUCCUCACAUGUAUAGGAACAGGUCACCAUGCAAUUUAGCAUAAAGUCGUGCAUACGUAUAGUCUUUUCCGCAGAAGUUUGUCAUAUUUCGAUCUCUAAAAAUACAAAAUAUGUAUCAAGUGUAAUCUGUAAAUAUUUGUACGUGUAAAUAACUGAAAUAUUUUGUAAAGAGACCAAAUAAAGUUUAUAGAUCAGUAUUUAUUGAAAAUAGGAAUAUCAACAAGAGUAGAAUGAUAGUCCCUGGAUACAACUUUAAUGUUAUAGUAUCAAUUUUAUAUGGAACUUUCAUUAGUCUACGCAUUUAAUAGGUAUGAAAAUGUAAAUGUAUAUAGCCAAAUAUGUUUUAUGAAUAGGGAGUUUUGUUCAACAGUUCCAGUGUACAUCGUUUAUUACAUAGUUCUUCUUUUUGUGUAAUACUUCUUGGUUUGCAAAAUAAUGUGUUAUUGGUCUUUUGUUUGUGCAUUGUAUUGUGUGUUGGAUGUUGCAUUAUUUUCAUUAUUGCGUGUUAUACCUUGAGCGUAUUGCAGCAAGCGUUUCAUAGGCUUUGUAAAAAAUGACGAUAGCCUUCAAUUUUUAUAUACAGUAAAGAGUUUAUAUAAUAUAUGCUUUCUUGUUGGAUUUAUAUAUUUGGGCAAUCAAAUUGCUUCUAAAAAUGGUUGGUGUAUUUAUGUGAAUUCAUCAUUACUCAUCUCGGAAACUAUGUAAAUGGAAAAAUAUUAUAUAAAAACCUCCUGAAACACAAAGUGCACCAUUUCUUGUAAUCGCAAACAGUCUAAUUUCUGCGGAGUCAAAUUUGAUUCCGAAUGGCUUCGGCUAUAUCCCAAGUUCUAGGUGAAUCUAAUAUCCGAAUAAAGUUUACUAACUGAGAAUCGAUUCAAUCAAGUCUAAGUAACAAAAAAAAUAAAAAAGAGGCAACUUUGAUUUGGAUAACUUUUAACUCGUCACUGCAUGAAGCUACUGCAAAAUUGACUCGGCAGAAAUUAGAGUAAAUGCCAAUCUAACCGGAAAGUGGUUUUGUGCAUGGUUUAGUGUCAUAUAACAUUAUGAAUUUUCUAAUUUCCAAACUGUAGUUUAAAUAUUGUGCAGUUGUCAUUUUCUAAUAAUUUCUUCAAAUAAUUCAUGUAUUGUAACUUGUGACUGUUAUGUGUCCUGUCAUCUACAUAUAAAGGCCCCCUGAAUAAAGUAAUGCGUCACUGAUUACCGAAUGACUGUAUUGGACGCGAACACAAGUUUUUCGUAUUAUUUGGGUUUGUAAGAAUUCUAUUUGGAAAUAAAGUGCCAGGGUCUUGUUAUUAUUGCCUUUUAAAGCAAUAACGUAAAUACAUCGACAAU